AUGCCGGUACAAACCAGUCCGCCGUCCUUCCCGGACUCAUUCCCUUCAUUUAUGUCCGUCUACGGUGGUUUGCCACAAUACGAAGAGGAAAGCUCCUGUUACCUUCAAGCUUCCGCUCAUUUCUCGUCGAGACGACUUCGCCCUCAUCGCGAGAGUAUAUCGUCAACCGCCUCAGCCUCGACCGAAUCCUCCCCAACAACAACCAGCUCUCCCUUUGACUCGCCCUCGGGCGGGGAUAUCUCCCCUAGCUCAUCUCCCGAAUCGCCUUCGGUCAUGUCCUUGUCUUACCCGAAGUUGGCGCCUGCUCGUGGUUUCGAAGUUGCUGCGCGACCGACCAUGUCCGACAGCUCUAGAUUAUUGUCCGCGCCCCAGGCCCGUCCAGACUCUCCCAAUCGUCGAGCCCGCAAUCUAAAGAACUUAUCCUUGCGGAUGCCGCCUCCAACCCAGUCGCGACCUCCCAUUGCCACCGCAUCUCUAGUGGAGACAUCAUCUAAACAUCUUGCUGCCCCACCAUCUCCGAUCCAGAUCCCACCUAAGAGCGCCCGUCGGCGUCCCGCGAACCUCACCAUUCAAACCCCCACAUUCAACAAAUCAUUCACUGGGCCCGACAUUGUACCUCCGACUCCUUCUUUUGGACAUUCCUUGCGACAUGCAGAAUCAUCGCCUUCCCUUGCAUCCAUCACCUCCCCGGCGUUCGCCCCACGAGGCGGCAUGCAGCUUCCUCGACCCAUGUCGGACCAUGACACGCUUCGUUUUUCCGGCGCAGAAGAUACUGUUCCUUCCCUAGCCUCUAAUUUCGACGAUAAUAUCCCUCAUCGCGUUCUCCCUGGCCUUAAGGAAGAGGAUGACCACAUCGACUCCCGCGAGUCCACGCGGAAGAAGGACCGUGGGUACCCCGAUGGUCCCAUUCGGAUUUACGACACUGGAGUUUAUCUCUACUUGGAACCGACCGCAGAGGAAGCGGCGCAGUUCGAUGUGGUAAUUAACGUCGCGAAGGAAGUUCGCAACCCGUUCAUCAAGGAUCAAGGAGAGCGGAACGAUACCGUGAUGAGCACUUGGCGGAACGCAUCCAUGGCCUCCAAGCGAUUUUCCAUGGACGAUCCUCAAACCGCCAUGUCAGAGAUCUCUUUCAAGUCUGCGUUCGAAUUUCAACCUUCCGACUACGAACCCGCCACCCCCACCUCCACGAAACCCACUUCCCCGGAGUACAUUCACGUCGGGUGGGACCACAACUCGGAGAUCUUAGACGACUUGCUUCCAUUAUGUGAGCUGAUCGACGAGAGAAUCGCCCAGGGCAAGAAGGUGCUAGUUCACUGCCAAUUGGGCGCUAGUCGGUCAGCAUCCUUGGUUAUUGGUUAUGGUCUCUACAAGAACCGGCACAUGGACUUCAAUUCCAUGUACGAAGCGGUCAAGGGACGAAGCCAGUGGGUGGGCCCGAACAUGAGCCUCAUCUACCAGCUUACCGAUUUCCGGAGCCGUUUGCUGAACGGAUCGCCGUCACGCCCUGCUCCUCAUGAGUGGUGGUCCAAAGGCGGUAAUCGAAGGAGCUCAGAGCCUCAGCUCACACAGGAGGAGCGAGCAGCCCUGGCAAAACCUCAGCCUCUCCACAUGUCCCAAGCGCCAUCUUUGGGUUUGUCCCUUCCACCCUCGCGCCGCGAUCGUCCCAAGACCAGUGAUAAUGGGAAUCGGUCACCAAAGCGCAGCCUCUCACCUCGUCCGCUGCCAUUCCGACAAAAAUUCCAAUCUGUGGAGCCUGCACCAGGGCAAAUUAGAGGAAUCCCUCGUAGUGUGAGCAGCUAUGACUCUCUCGUCCAAAGCCACGUAUUCGUGCGCGAUACCCCAAACCUCGGCGGCUUGUUCUCACCCAACGCUGGCCUGUUCUCACCAAGAACAUCGGGCUUCCUAUCUCCACCUGCUCCUAUGCCCCCUCGAGGCAUUGAUUCGGUGGCAACUGUCCCCAGCGCUGCGCACCAUGCAAAGGACAUACCCGAUCCCAGAUCUCCUCCCCCUCCUGCAGGAGGUGAUCGCAUGAUCAUGAGGAACAUUGAUGAGUUCCUGUAA